ACACCGAUUGCAAUUCAAUAACACAGUUUUUAGUUAACACGUGUGUCAUCUUUAAUAUAUUGUAAUUGUAAUUGGCGACAACAGUCUACUAGCGGCAAUUGUUUUUAUCUGUCAGACUGUUUUAAUUAUUUAUUUUCUAUUUAUUUUAUUCUAGUGCUUGUCGAUAAUAAAACAUAAUAAAUAUAAACAAUGAUUUCAUGUAGCAGUAUCGGACUUGCUCUUCUUAUCAUACUUGUUAUUAUAUGUACUGUCAGUGAAGCAGCGAGAUAUAGAGCUAAAUUCACAGCAUAUAUAUUUAGUAGCUUUGUUUUUGCUUCAACGCCUAUACCAUUAAUGUUAUUUCGUCCCGGUGAUUGGAGAAAUGCAUUAAUACCGGCUUGGCUAUUGAAACACUUUUCACGUAUGAUAGGGUGUAAUUUUAUUUUAAUUGGAAAAGAAAAUAUUGUUAAAGAUACUGGUGCAGUUAUUCUUAUCAAUCAUCAAAGUUGUUUAGAUGUUAUUGUUUUAGCAGAACUAUGGCCAGUUCUUGAACGUUGCACAGUUAUUGCUAAAAAAGCUGUUUUAUAUUUAGGAUCAUAUGGACUUGCUUCAUGGUUAUGGGGAACGAUAUUUAUAGAUAGAAAAAAUUCAAAUGCUCAUAAUAAAGUAAAUUCAACUGUCGAAAUAAUAAACAAAAGAAAGGCAAGAGUUUUAUUUUUCCCAGAAGGUACAAGACAUUCCAAUAACACUUUAAUGCCUUUUAAAAAAGGCGCGUUUCACGUUGCAAUCGAUUCACAAAUACCUAUUCAACCUGUUGUAGUUUCUAAAUAUUAUUACAUUAAUCAUAACUUGAAGCGAUUUAAUUCUGGAGUUAAUUAUAUAUCAAUUUUGCCACCUAUUCCUACAAAAGGGAUGACUAAAAAUGAUAUACCUUCUCUUAUGGAAAAAGCUUAUAAAGUUAUGAAUGAAGAAUUUCAACAAAAAACACAAGAAGCCAUUAAAAAUUUUAUGGUUGAUCAAAAAACUGAUUAAUUAAAAAUUUAUUAGACUCUCAAGUAAAUCAAGACUAAAAUAAAUCACAUUGUCCUCCAAUAUUUAAUUAAAAUAACUAUUGACUAUAAUAAAGAUUUCUAUUGUUUUUGUUUUAUAAAGUGAGUACUUCUACAUUUAAAAAUUUUG